GGCAGCAAAAAAAAGGAAGAAAAAAAAAGCGAAAAAAGGAAGGAAAUAAAUAAGCAAAUAAGCAAAUAAACAAAUAAACAAAGAAAUAAAGAGAUGAAUAUAUAAAUAAAUAAGUAAAAACGCUAAAGAAGGAACGCUAACGAAAGCGAAAUGGCGAACGCCAGUGCCCCCCCCAACUUCGCUUUUCCUCGAAAGUCCAACUGCUGAACGAAUCGCCAGCAGCACGUUCCCAAUCGCAAGGAAUUUCGCCCCACCCGCCCUCAAUUUUUCUUCAACCCUUUGCACACGCCGUGAGAAAAUUUCUCCGCCCACUGGCAUAUAUACCUUAAGUUACUUGCCCUUCCACUGCGAGUUAGCUGGACACGCAUAGAAGAAAAAUUCCUCAUCUCCCGACUGGCACAUUUGUCAUCAUCCGACCAAUGGACACUGCCACCAGCGCACACGCAGAUGAAGGAGCCGCACUGCGCCCCUCGGAAAUAUCCAAAAUCGAAGCCAUCCUUGACAAAAUCCUCCCGCAUAGGGAUAUAAACGUAGUAACCCUAAAGAGCGUAAGAAAAGACGUGGCGGAUUAUUUAAAUGUAGAUGAAUCAUACUUUUCGGAGAGCAAAGAAAAAAAAGAAUUACUAAAAAGUAUUUUGAAAGAAAAGUUACUAAAACUUUACAAGCAACAGAAGGAGGAGGAGACGACGGAUGAAAUUGAAAAUAGCGAAUACAACGAUGAGGUGAAAAAGGGCCACUCAAAACAGAGAGUAAAUAAAAGUGCAAGCAAAAGCGCGAAGAAAAGCCCGAAAAAUAAAGACAAACAGGGAGGGAAAAAAAACUCAGAUAAUGAUGAGGCACAAGAGGAAGAAGACAACUACAGCGAUGACAGCAUGGGAGAUAGUACAACCAAGUCAAAAAAAAAAAAUAAAAUAAAAAAAAAAAAAAAGAGAGAAUUAAAUUCCGACGAGGAUAGUCAAGUACCAAAGAAAAAGAAAAAGGGAAAGGAACAAAAUGACGAUGAUGAUGAUGAAUAUGAUGAGGAUGAAGAAGAGGAUAAACAAACCGAUUUCGAUUAUGAUGCUCACAAACGUAAAGCCAAUAAUGAGGAUGCUUCCAAAAAAAAAAAAAAAAACAUCAGCAGCAGUGGAAAUUACAGUAGUAAAGAAAAAAAUGCACAUACCGUGAAAAAAGAAAAACUAAGAAAAUUAGUUUUAGACCUAAAAAUUGGACCCACUAUUUUUAAAGACUUAAACAAAGAAGACGAACAAGCAUACAAUAAAAAACUAGAACAAAGGAUAAUUGCAUUUUGCGAAAAAAAACACGUGUGCUCGGAAAGCGGAAGAUUACCCAAUCCGAAUGAAAUACACGAGUAUAGAAAAAAAAUUAAACUGAAGGAAGAAUUAGAUGGCAUUGACCCGUCUAACAUCCUCGACACCAGCACAAGGGUGAGGAGAAGGAACCCCAACGCUUAUGUGCCGCAGUCCUUUGCAGAAAUUGAUGAGGAGGGGGAGGAGGUAGAGGACGAAGAGGAGGAAGAUGAGGAUGACGAGGACGACGAUGAUGAUGAAGAGGUCCACGGAGCGGAAGAUGAUGCAGACGAGGGGGCAGAAGAGCACGACGAUGAUGAAGAAGAUGACGAUGAUGAGGAUGACGAUGAAGAGGACGAUGAUGAAGAAGACGACGAUGAUGGGGUGACCAAAUCUAAAAAGAAGAAAAAGUUAAAAAAAACAAUCAGCAAGAAGAAGACGCGUGUGUUGGAGGACGACGACUGAGCGUGCGAUGCUGCCCCUCCCCGUUGCGGUAAACGGCCAAAGGGAAAAAGCGACAACUGGAAAAAUAAGCUAAAUACAGGUGAAUUAAAAAAAGAGAGAACGCGUCCCCGAUUUUUAAUUUCAUGAUUCGAACCCCUAUUAAUAUAAACAUAUAUAUAUAUGUUUUUUUUUAAUUGCGCGUAUGAGUCUUCAUUUGGGAACCCCCACUUAAUGCGCACGUGUGUGUCUGCACCUUUCCGUUUG